AUGGUUUGGAUAAGAAUCACAGGUUUAAACAUUAACUAUUAUCAAGAGAAAGCCAUGAAAAUGAUUGCGUCAGCUGUUGGUAAACCGAUCCGCAUCGAUUUAGCCACCAAAUCUGCAGAAAGGGAAAAGUAUGCAAGAGCAUGUGUGCAAAUUAACUUGGGACUUCCAGUCAUAAAAAAGAUUCAAGUUGAUGGUCAUAUGUAUGACAUAGAAUAUGAGCACUUGAAUUUAAUUUGUGAAAAAUGUAGCUGCUUUGGGCAUGUAACAAGAGAAUGUGCGAAAGAGAACAACAAUGACAUUGGGAAGGAAACCAUUGUGAAGGAGAAAAAUUUGCCGUCACUGUUUUCAGUGGAUAACAAUGAGAAAAUGGCAGAAGGUAGUCAAAUCCCAGUAAAAAAUCAAAAUUCAACUUUUGAAUUUGGAAUUAAUGCCAAAUCAAUUCCAAUUAUGGAGAAGCAUGGAGCAGCGGGUCUUGUGCAUGAUAAUUUACAAGAAUCACGCAUGGAUAGGGAUACUCAAGCAAAAGAGGAUGAAUGGGUUACAGUUAGUAGAAAAGGUAAGGAAAAAGUGGGUAAAGACCCCAAUGUAGUGCCAAAAAAAGUCAAUGUAGCAAUAUGCUCCAAUUUGGUGAGUAAGAAAUUUUCUUUUGGGUCUAAUAAAAUGCAUGCUGGAUCCUCAUCAAAUGCAAAGGUGAAGUCUUUAUCAAAUGAAAAGGUGGAGCCUAAGGAAAAGAAAGAUCCUCCAUCCACGCUUGGCUCUUUGGGAACAACUCAGGUGGCUUUCAAGGAUCAGAGUACUCCUUUUUUUAAAGUAGGACACAAAAGAUGUUGGAGGUUAAAGAAGCUCUGGAUAAUAUGA